CCUCUGUAACUAAACUGACCUUCCUGUCUCAGGCAGCUGUUCAUAAACCAUUUCAUCUGAACGUCUGGGGAGAGGUCAGACUGGACUAUAAAACUGAGAGCUGGACUUAAACUCCUCCAAACACGCAGGACAGGACGAGUCUCUCACCAUGGACGACAUCUAUAAAGCAGCGGUGGAGCAACUGACUGAAGAACAGAAAAGUGAGUUUAAGGCGGCGUUUGAGGUGUUUGUUCAGGACGCAGAAGACGGCUGUAUCAGCACCAAGGAGCUGGGGAAGGUGAUGAGGAUGCUGGGACAGAACCCCACGCCUGAGGAGCUGCAGGAGAUGAUCGAUGAAGUGGAUGAAGACGGCAGUGGCACUGUGGACUUUGAUGAGUUCUUGGUGAUGAUGGUCAGAUGUAUGAAGGAUGACAGUAAAGCCAAAUCGGAGGAGGAGCUGGCUGAUCUGUUCAGGAUGUUUGACAGGAACAGAGAUGGGUACAUCGACAGAGAUGAGCUGCGUGAGAUGCUGAAAGCUACAGGAGAGAUGAUCAGUGAAGAUGAUGUGGAUGAACUAAUGAAGGACGGAGACAGAAACAGCGACGGGAAGAUCGAUUAUGACGAGUUUCUGGAGUUCAUGAAGGGAGUGGAAUAAACCUCAGCACAGCGACUCUGCAGCUGAACUCGAGCUUCAGUCACUGGACUGAAAUCAUUCAGGUUCCUUUGCAGCCAUGGAAAAGUUUUAAUAUGAAAUAAAGUUCUG